GACGGAUUGCCCUUGGACGGGGGCGCUUGUGUUCACUUAUUUAAUGCCUGCGUUCCUGGCAACGGGUCUCCUUUCUUUUCAACAUUCUUGACCACCUGAUACUUCCGGCUUUGAUUCAUCUCUUAUCUCGAUUCUCACCCCAUUGCGGCGGUGUUUGUUAUCGACUUCCCCGCAGUAUCGACAUCAAGUCCCCACCUGACGGUCGAGAGACCUUGUCCCUAAAACACUCUUUCCAGUUAUCCUACGGCGACAGAGGCGCGACCAUGGCUUCCACUGUACAUGACCCAAGGCUUCUAUACAGUGUCGACAAUAUUCGAGCUUUUCACCUCCAGAAUGGCGAGGAGUCAGAACUCACUCCGUCGGGGCCUCAAACACUUUCUUUGUUGAUGGUCCCGACCAGAACUUCUAUCCCCGGCAGUUCAUUCCCGGUGGCCUCUCAAGAGGUCCUCACCGAGGAGGACUUCUACCUCCACUUGCAUCUGCCGCCGGAGCUGGAUUUGGCGCUUCCCGCUACCACCCAGAUCUUUCACCAGCCGCCGAACAGCUAUUUAAUCCCCCGUUGGGAUCUAGGCCCCGACGCAGGCGCCUUCAUUCGCAUUCAAUUUCCGUCGAUCGGAGCUGGGCCCGGCAAGGUGACCCAGGAGGACAUCGACACUUUUGAGACAAUCCUCGCCCAGUGCACUGCUUUUCUGGACCGCGCACCACCUGCGGGGGACCAUGCCCCGUAUAACCCUGCCACCUAUGCACCCGGUGAGGGCUAUGUCUCUCCUGGUGCUGCGCACGAGGAUGACUCUCACGGUAGGAUUGUUCUGGUGGAUGAAGAGGACGGCAGUGUGGUGGGUGAAAUGGAGGGGUACGAUGUCGUUGAGAGACCGGAUAUUAAACCUGGAUCGAAGAGACCCGUGGAGAUUGAACUUCCGUCCGAAGGCGAGGGCAACAAGGUCAACGUCAGCAAUGUCUCCGAGGAAUACCUGCGGAUGGCACGUCAUCCGGCUUACAAGAAGUCCACCAUUGUCCAGACUUCCGCCAAGGCGUCGCGACUGAUCGUCACUGGCUCUACAUACCUCGCCAAUGCCCUUACCAGUGGUGCAGAUACCUUCACGAAGAAGACGAAGCCGAACCCGAAGCCGAUGACCUUCUCUGAUAUCACUCACUCGCGCGUCCGCAAUGUCGGCGCCUUCUCUGAGGGCGCUGCCGACCUAUCAGCCAAGACCGUUGGCCAGGUUGGGAAAUAUGCUCAAAACAUUGGGGCAUCGCUGACCCGUCGGAACAACACGGAGCGACAGAAGGGCAUUGAUAAGUACGGCAACGAGUACAAGCCAGGGAUUCUGAACAAGUCUUUGAUUGCGUUCUCCACCCUGGCGGACGGCAUCGAGCAGGGUGCCCGGCACGUCUUGACCUCCAGCUCGAACGCUGCCACCACGAUGAUCGGUCACCGGUACGGAGACCAAGCCGGAGCUGUUGCGUCCAACCUGACGGGCGGUGUCAAGAACGUCGGACUGGUGUACAUCGAUGCCUCGGGUGUGAGCCGCAAAGCUUUCCUGAAAUCCGUCGCCAAAGGUAUGGUUGUCGGGCGCAUGCGUGAUGGGAAGCAGGUGGUGGUUGGCACCGGCGACGGUGGAGAGCUUCCCCCUGGGUCGAGUGCCGGCCAGGCGCAGGCAUCGUAUGGUGGGAGGGCGCCCUCGCCGACUCCGACGCCGCCGCCCGCUUACAGUGCUGCGGGUAAUGCGUCCUAUGGGGAGGCUUCGAUGUCGGGGGCGAAGAGAUAGAUCUGGCUGUCUAUUUGUUUCUUUCUACUCGUGUCUGAUGUGAUGAUGAUUCAUGAUUAUACGAUAGUUACCAGGUGCUUAUCGAAGGGGGGUGGAAUCCAUGUGCUUUUC